AUGAACAAAAUUAUGGGUGACUCUGGUAGAAACUACUUAUAUUUUCUUCAACACCAUGCAAGUUACCAGGGUGACAUAGUCGAUACGGUUUUAAAAAUUAUAGAAGACGACGAUCCUAUACCGAUGCGGGAUAUGAAACCAGCUCAGAAAGUAAAGACGGGAGCGGACAUGUUUUGGGAGACGCACCAAGCAGAGUACGAGACUAGGGCUGCAAGCAGCGGCAACAAGGUACAACGGGUUCAUAACCAUAACAGCGGCUAUCCUAAGCUGAGGGAUGAACUUGAUAAUAGACGAUCUCUGGUCAAGGUCACAGCCCUCAAAACAUCACACAAAUUUAAUAAUUAUGAUCUAAAUUGUACGGCGUAUGCUAAAUACAAGAAGUUAAAAGAACUAAAGAGGCCAAAGGUAAAAAGAAAUGAAGUAAAAUUUAGGAAUAAUGAAUGUAGAAAAAGAAGUAUAGGCAAAAAAUGGAGUCCAAAGAAGCGAAAGUCACAUCGGAAAAGAAUAAAUAAAACUUAUUAUAAUAAAAAUAGAAUGAACACUGGAUGUCAGUGUUCCGGAUUAUUAAAUGCAUUAAAUAAGAAGAGCGGGAACGAUGAUAAAUUAACGUUUGACCUGUCAAUUACCGAGUUAAAGAACAUGGCGCCAAACGAUUUUGUAAAAAUUAAAGAUGAAUCAACACCGUUAAACAAUGAUGACGAUGAUAAGUCUAUAUUGAGUCUGUAUGAGAAAUCUUAUAAAAAUGACACCGAAAACCGUUCAGAAUCUAAAUAUUCGUCACAAAAUCCGGACACAAGUAACCCAUCGAUAAGUACAUACAAUAGUUUUCCAUCAAUUGAACAUGAACCAUUGGUGUAA